AAGGAAGUGGUGACCUAUGUUGACCCGGAAUUGGACGCCAAAUCCGAGCGAUUCUAUCGGAGGAGUAAACAUGGAGGACAACGGCGGUGAAGAUCCUGUUAAUAACAACAAUGAUACAACGGUAUCUUCGGAUGGAUCUAUUAUUAAGGUUACAGUCAAAACCCCGAAAGAUAAGGAAGAAAUCGCCAUAUCGGAAGAUGCCUCGGUCACUCAGUUUAAGGAGGAGAUCUCGCGGAGGUUCAAAGCCAAGCAGGAUCAGUUGGUUCUGAUCUUUGCAGGGAAGAUCCUGAAGGACGGGGACUCGCUCAACCAACACGGCAUCAAGGACGGCCUGACAGUCCACCUGGUCAUAAAGACGGCACACAAGGCAGGAGAUGGUGCUAGUUCCUCCACCUCCUGCACCUCCCAGGUAGGCAGCAGUAGUGGCAGCUCCUCGGGCCCCAGUUCUGCAGCCCACUCCUCCACAGUAGGGUCCACUGGAGGCCCUGCCUCGGCACCCCCACAGACCCCCAACAUACUGACCGGGUUCGGUGACCUGUCCAGCCUGAGCAGUAUGGGCAUGGGCUCAGCUAACUUCAUGGAGCUGCAGCAGCAGAUGCAGAGCCAGCUGAUGUCCAACCCAGAGAUGCUGUCUCAGAUCAUGGAGAACCCCCUGGUGCAGAACAUGAUGUCCAACCCAGACCUGAUGAGGCAGAUGAUCGUGGCCAACCCUCAGAUGCAGCAGCUGAUGGAGCGUAACCCCGAGAUCUCCCACAUGCUCAACAACCCCGAGCUUAUGAGACAGACCAUGGAGCUGGCCAGGAACCCUGCUAUGAUGCAGGAGAUGAUGCGUAACCAGGAUCGGGCGCUUAGCAACCUGGAGAGCAUCCCGGGGGGCUACAACGCCCUGCGAAGGAUGUACACAGACAUCCAGGAACCCAUGUUCAGCGCCGCCCGAGACCAGUUUGGAAACAACCCUUUCUCAGCCCUGGGGGGCAACUCUGAUGGGGGGGUGCAGCCAUCGAGGACAGAGAACCGGGAACCACUGCCCAACCCAUGGGGCCCCCCCAGCUCCACCAACCCCUCUGAGGGUGGAGGGGGCACGGGCACCACAGGCUCCUCUACCACUGGCAGCACCAACCCCAGUGUCUCCAACCCUCUGGGUGUCAACUCUGCCAGUCUGGGAAAUGGCAUGUUCAGCAGUCCAGGCAUGCAGAGUCUGAUGCAGCAGAUUUCAGAGAACCCCCAGCUGAUGCAGAACAUGCUGUCUGCUCCCUACAUGCGCAGUAUGAUGCAGUCUCUGGCCCAGAACCCAGACAUGGCCUCCCAGGUGUUGAUGAAUAAUCCCCUUUUUGCUGGAAACCCCCAACUGCAGGAACAGUUCAGGAGCCAGCUGCCUGUCUUCCUGCAGCAGAUGCAGAACCCAGAGGCGCUCUCUGUCAUGACCAACCCCCGAGCCAUGCAGGCUCUCCUCCAGAUACAACAGGGUCUACAGACGCUGCAGACAGAAGCACCAGGACUCAUGCCCAGUUUGGCACCGGGUGGGCUGCCAGGUGGUCUACCAGGGGGGCUAGUAGGUGGAUUACCAGGUGGAAUACCCACAACCCCCCUGUCCGUAGGAGGGGGUGUGGCUCCAGAGAACCCCGCCUCUUCGCCGAGCGCCGGAACAAACCCCGCCCAGCAGCUGAUGAUGCAGCAGAUGCUCCAAAUGUUUGCAGGAGGGAAUGCCUCGAGCCAGACCCCGGAGGUGCAGUUCCAGCAGCAGCUGGAGCAGCUGGGUGCUAUGGGCUUCAUCAACCGAGAGGCCAACCUGCAGGCCCUCAUUGCUACAGGAGGAGAUGUCAACGCUGCCAUCGAGAGACUGCUGGGCUCUCAGCCCUCAUAAAGACACACUCGCACACACACAGUUACGUAUAUAAGCAUACGUCGAUACAGACACACGCAUACACACUAUCCAGCUCUGGGUAGCAAGGGAUAAACACACACACAUACUGUCUACAGAGAACCAAGAAGUGAAAUGAACCGUCCCAAACCGACACAGAUGAGACCCGGUCAGGAUAUGUACCAUUCUAAACAUCCACCGCAGCCUCCUGUCAGAUCAUGCCCCUCCCCCCUCCCCCACACCCAUAUCCCCUGUUCUUAGCCUCAUCCACAGAGCUCUGACCAGACCUCAACAGAGGGGUGCGAAAGGGAAGGGGGCGAAAGGCACCCUCUCUUAAACAGAGAUGCUUUACCCGACAAGAUUCAUUCAUCCAUCUUCCUCUCUAAUAAAUCUGAGGAGUUUAUUCAAUGAGAUGAGAGUUCAGAGUGCGGCAGAUAGAAAUGCAUUCACUGCAUUGCAUAGAGCUGUUAUGACGCAUUUGUUUCCUGUCUAUAUGUUGCAUUUCUGUCUACAGUGAUGUGAACAAUCCACCAUUUUGACCAAACCCCUGAUGUGCAGGGUAUAUGGAGAGGGGAGGAAGAGACAAAAUAGUUUUGUCAAUCUCACACGGAUAUCAGGCUCCAUUCCCUUCCCCCUCUUUCCACUACUUUAACCGUCCAAAACCCUUUCUAUUUAUUGCUAGUGCUGAAAAGAAAAGAUCCCCCACACUUCCACAUCCCCCACACUUCAAAUCAAAUGAGUCUGCCGGUGCUGGUGUAGAUUGACUUCACACAGGCGGUGCCACGAGAUUGAGACCUUUGAUAAGAUUGAGAAAUGUCAUGAUAAUUGUUAAUGAAGGAAGAAAGGUGUGGUUCUGAGGAAGACAAAGAUGAGACAGACAGAUUUCAUUUUAAUCUGAUUCAUUAUGUAUUUUAAUUUGAGGUGUAAGUUGUACCUACCUAUAGAUAAUCUGUUUUGUCUCAUUAAACAAAACUCUUCCUGGAAAAUGUAUGAAUAAAAUAUUAUGAAAAAAGGCUUUACAUUUUUGGUAUGGUGUGGCACCAUACGUUGUUGUAAAUUUAGGUUCUGGCUUUUUGCUUUUAUUUUAGCAUUGUAGUUGUGGUAACCUUGGCAAUGGCUUCCAUAGCUGUGAUUUGUCUGUUGGCCUCAGCUAAAAAUCCAUACCCAAUUCAACAUGUUUGAACUAACUUUUAACAGUACUGUACUACAAAAUAAAACAAAGUUGGUCAAUAAGAACCAUAUUUCAAAUUGUGACCAUCCUGACUUGUAUGAAGAACAGAAUUAUACUGCGCGUUCCAUUCAGCAGUCCACUCCACUUAUAAAUCACUUAUUCUGGAAGUAGUGAAACAGUUUCAUUUAAGUUGAAUGAAUAAUGCAUUUUCCUGGUAGCCUAGAGGCUCCUCGAUGUUAUACUGUUGUCUACUGUAGUAUCUACCUGUCAAGUGAGGAUUUGUCACGGUGCAUUGGAAGACGGUGCAUUGAAACUGUCAUUUAGUUUAGUGCACCUCUGUAGUCAGGGCCGUGCACAGACCUUUCAGUGGGCAGGUGCUCAAAAUGAAAAAUGGGCACCCCCCUCCCCGCUUGAUAAUUAUUUUCAGAAUAUCUCGAAAUUCAUAACAUACCAAAUGCCUCUGUAGUAAAAAUAAAAAA